CACCCUCUCUCUUACAUUGUACUAUCGAUUCAAACCAUGACCUCGACUACUUCGAUAAAGUCAGUUUAUAACAGCCACCCCUUGGUGCGUGCCACUGCUAUAGCGAGCGGUAUAGCAGCUACUGCACUUACUUUGCUCGCUGUGAAAUAUCCUGACUGUGCAGUAUUUGAUGAACAUCGAGACGAUAUUCCCCACGGCAAAGGUGGCUGGCCACUUGUCGGGGCUCUGCCUCAACUGGUCUCAAAUAAAGAGAAAAUGCACGAGUUCCUCUUGGAGAAUUACGAAGAACUGAAUACCUUAACACUCACAUCAUCCGCUCUCGGUAUUCCUCGGUCUAUUUCCACAAUCGACCCCGCCAAUGUCGAGCACAUCUUGAAAGUCAACUUUGAGAAUUACGUCAAGGGACCUCAAAUGAAUGGUGCGAUGAGUGACCUGUUUGGCCAUGGCAUUUUUAAUGCCAAUGGUGAACAGUGGAAAUACCAGCGAAAGACGGCCAGCCACAUAUUCAAUGUCAAGAAUUUCCGAGACCAGUUUACAGAUGUAUUUGUCCAAGAGAUUGGGAUCAUGAAUAAGCUUUUCGAUGAGGCUGCCCAAACUGGAGAAGCGAUCGAUUUCCACGAUAUCAUGUUCAAGUUUACUCUCGACUCAUUUAUUUUACUUGGCUUUGGCGUGCAGCUGAAUGCUCUCACUACAAACGGCAAAGUACCUUUUGCCGCGUCUUUCGACGAGUGCCAGAAAAACUGUUUCCAGCGUUUCCUGAAUCCGAUUUGGACCUUUACCGAGUCAGUUCAAUCAAUUAUUCAACCAUGGAAAAUGACGAUCAAGCAACAUCUCGAGAUCGUCGACACAUUUGCCAACAAUGUCAUUGAUCAACGACGUGAACUCUUGGAGGCCAUAGAACGUGGAGAUUCACAAGAGGAAAUGCCAAAAGAUCUGUUAUCACGAUUUAUGAAGGCAAACAACGAACAUAACGAACCACUGAACAACAAGGAAUUACGUGACAUGAUUCUCAAUUUCGUGAUUGCUGGCAGAGAUACAACUGCUCAAGCACUUUCCUGGGAAUUUUAUUCGCUCUUACUCAACCCGCACGUUGAAGAAAAGUUGUUGGAGGAAAUUUCUUUGCAUAUCCGUGAAAACAUGGAUGCGCCUGCACUGUACGAAGCCAUCAAGGAUAUGAAAUAUGCUCAUGCUGUGUUUUACGAAACUCUACGCCUUUAUCCAUCUGUACCUCUAAAUCAAAAGUAUGCUCUUGAUGAUGAUAUUUGGCCCGACGGUACUCACAUUCGCAAAGGCGAUUAUGUGGUUCAUUGCCCGUGGGCAGAAGGACGAUCUACCAGAGUCUGGGGUCCAGAUGCCAAAGAGUUUAAACCCGAACGAUGGAUUACCCCUGAAGGCACCUUACGACGCGAAUCACAAGGCCAAUGGCCAGCCUUCCACGCUGGUCCGCGCGUCUGCCUAGGUCAAAAUCUAGCGACACUCGAGGCUCUCGUAGCCACCAUCUUCUUGAUCAAACGAUACAAGUUUACGCUAGCACCUGAUCAAGAAGUCACUUAUCAAGUGUCUUUGACAUUGCCCAUGAAGAACGGCAUGAAGGUAUACGUGCAACCACGCUAAACCAGUUGUCAAACCGCCGCGGCAUUGCCCUACAACUCUCCGAUCCUUCCCGCAAGUAGUGCCUUGAUAUGAUCUCUCUUUUUUAUUUUAUAUCUAUCAGUGUACUUGUAAUAUCCAAUGAUACAUCAUUUGUUACUUCCUUUUUUUUUU